AUGGCUGCGUUUUCGCCCUUUUCUUCGUACAUGCUUGGCACGGCAUGCUUUGCCCGUGGUCUUAUGGCUAUAUUCUCGCCAGAGAAGGAAUAUAAUAACAUCGGCCUGCCGUUUGACAUUCAUGAUGACGGCCCUUUCCCGACGGAUCAGUACGAUGAUUCUGGCAUUAGCUUUACAUCGCCGCUCAUGUAUUUUAAGGGUAUUCGUGAGAUGAGCUAUGGCCUGACCCUGGUUGCUUUGGAAUGGCAGGGAAAUUCAGCCGCCGUCACUACGUUCGCAGCCGUUCUAUCUCUGGUGAGGUUUGGGGAUGGGUUGGUAGUCUGGUUAAAUGGGGGCGACAAGCUGAGGUUUAAAGCUAUGGGCCAUUGGAUCACAGGCGUCAGCUUCCUCGGAUGGGUAAUACGGAGGUGGAGUGAUGGUUUAUUUUCCAUCAUGGCAGACGAUGAUCAUCUUCCCCGCAGUUUUCCUCGAGGAAUCAGCACCGAUUUGACAGGGGUAAUAAGAACCAACAUGCCCAACAUGCCCAACAUGCACGCCCCAGGAAGCCUAGGUACUAGCGAAGAACUACAACCACUAAAUGAUCUUUACGCGACUUCCCGUCACCGGGAUCAUAGCACCCACAAGUUCAGGGGCAGAAUCAAAGCAUAA